AUGACUGCGUUGGCGGGGUCAAUACCCAGGAUGAUGCGACCCACGCUGGCUCAGAAUUACCCCCGCAGUGGCUUCCCACUGGAAGUGUCUACUCCGUUGGGUCAAGGCCGAGUGAACCAGCUCGGAGGAGUUUUCAUAAAUGGCAGACCUUUGCCUAACCACAUCCGACACAAGAUCGUGGAAAUGGCCCACCACGGCAUUAGGCCGUGCGUCAUCUCCCGACAGCUCCGGGUCUCUCACGGCUGUGUGUCCAAAAUACUUUGCCGGUACCAGGAGACGGGCUCCAUCAGACCCGGGGCCAUCGGUGGCAGCAAACCCAAGCAGGGAACGACGCCGGACGUAGACAAGAGAAUAGAAGAAUACAAGCGGGAAAACCCGGGUAUGUUUAGCUGGGAGAUUCGGGAUAAAUUACUGAAGGAUGGGAUAUGUGACCGCAACAACGUUCCUUCAGUGAGCUCCAUCAGUCGCAUCAUGCGGAGUAAGUUCGGAGGCAAAGGCGAUGAAGAGGAGGAUGAGGAUGAAAUCGAGAAGAAAGAGCUGGAAGACAACGAGCGAAGGGCCAAACACAGCAUCGAAGGCAUCUUAGGAGACAGAUCGAGCCACUCAGACGAGGGUUCGGACGUUGAGUCGGAGCCUGAUCUGCCACUGAAGAGGAAACAGCGGCGCAGUCGGACCACCUUCACGGCCGAGCAGCUGGAGGAGCUGGAGAGGGCCUUCGAGAGAACCCACUACCCCGACAUCUACACCAGGGAGGAGCUCGCCCAGAGAGCCAAACUCACUGAGGCCAGGGUGCAGGUAUGGUUCAGCAACAGGCGGGCAAGGUGGAGGAAGCAAGCGGGAGCCAAUCAACUGAUGGCGUUUAAUCACCUGAUCCCAGGGGGUUUCCCACCCUCAGCCAUGUCCAGCAUCCCCCCAUACCAGCUCUCUGACAGCGCCUACCCCCCCUCAUCAAUAGCACAAGUCUCAGAGCCCCCCAGCACGGUGCAUCGGCCCCAGCCUCUCCCUCCUUCCUCGGGCCACCAGGCCUCCGGCGGUGGAGGACAGGGAGACGGAGGUUCUGCCUACUGCCUCGCCUCCGGACGCCACUCCUUCUCAGGAUACUCAGACAGCUUUGUGAGCCCUGGAGGACCGGCCAAUCCCAUGAACCCCGCCAUAGGAAAUGGCCUCUCUCCACAGGUGAGGUAUCAGGUGAUGGGCCUGCUGAACCCCGGCGGCGUGCCACAUCAGCCCCAAAGUGACUACGCCAUCUCCCCUCUGACGGGCGGCCUCGAGCCCCCCGCCGGCAUGGCCGCCAGCUGCAGCCAGCGCAUGGAUCACAUCAAGGGUCUGGAGGGUCUGACCAGCGUCCCCUCCAUGUCCGCUCUGCCCUCCCUGCCCAGCUCCCAGUCCUACUGCCCCCCCUCCUACAGCUCACCCGGCUACACAGUGGACCACGUGGCGUCCUACCAGUACGGCCAGUACGGACAAAGUGCCCUUUCUUAUCUGAGGCCUGAAAUCACCUGA